AUGGAACAAGGAACAGUUUACGACGCAAAGAUUGACAUUAUGACAGAAACUCAUCAACAUAAAAUAACAACAUUGAUUUGUUCACCUAAAUUAAAGCAUAUUGCAACUAUGAGUAAAAUGGAUAAAAUUAUUGUUAUAUGGCAUAAUGAAACAGAAUUAACAAAAUUAGAACCAAGUUCGAGAUUUUUUGCUCGUGAAAUUACCAAUGCACAAGAAUAUCAUCAUGGUCAUGAACUAAUAGAGUUGUCAUAUGAUGGUUUAAUCGUGGUAAAGCACGAGGGGGAUUUUGUGCUUGUGCUUAUUCAUCCGGAUGAUAAGAAAGUCCUCUUUAAAUUUAAAAUUUAUCUAUAUUCUGUCAUUAAUAAUAAUAACAAUAAACGGUUACAGUGCAAAACUAUAUUUACUUUCGAUCAACAUAAUUAUUAUAAUUUAAAUUGCGCCAUAUUUAGAAAUGGGAGGCUGUUAAUUAGUGGUAAUAAAAUUAUUGCUGGCAACUUUUGCCUUCUGUGGAAUGCAGAGACCAAAGAUUCUGAGUUUGAAAUAUCUAAAGAAGUUGACCUACCUAAUUUUCUUUAUGGACAUUCUGAAACGCAAUAUUCUAAUCUUAAUAGCGAUAAUAUAUUAUUUACAAUAUUGCAUCAUGGCUUGAAGAUUUAUUCAGCUAAAACAGGCAUUAGAAUCACAGAUCUUGGAGUCGUAAACAAUGAAGACAUCAAGGAAGAUAAUAAAGGGUUCAAUAUUAAUUUUGUAAACCAAGGCAAACAUUUAUUAAUUUCGUAUUUCCCGAAAAUAACUAGAUUUUCAGAACUUUCACAAAUAGUAAUUCGACUAAUAAAUCCGUAUUCGCCUAAAUUGGACAAAUUUUUAGACAUUUCUAUAGGUGCAAAUUUCAGCUCCGAAAAUAUCAAAUUUUUUCCUCAGAGAAUAUAUAACGACAGAGUUAUUGGAAUUGCCUACAAUAAAGUUCAGAUCCAUAAAAUUUUUCAAGAUGAUUUUUUUAAAAACUUGCAAAAUAAGGAUCAGAACGAAAUUCAUUUUCUCUGCACAACGCAUUUUCUCUGCAUAACAGAUGAAAUAUUAAAAGAAAUAGAAAAGGGCUUAAAUGUGCUUGAUCGUGAUCUUAGAGAGAAAAAAGAGCUAAAGAAUAUAAAAAUACUAAAGGGUCAUCAAAUUUAUUGGCAUUAUGAUGGUAAAAAAUUAUUGGAAUUUAGAAGUAAUACAGAAGAACUUGUCAUAGAACCAACAAUACUUGAAGAAGCAUCUUAUAGAGUUAAACGAUGA